UGUGUAUAAAAAGGCAUAAGGCAAGCUGAUGAGUUGCAAGAGCAAUUGGUUGGAUACAUCAAACCUAGAGGUUUCUAGUCACCAUGAGUGUCAAGCAAAGUCAUAGAUUUUCAUCUGGGUCCAGCUGCUGUGGUGUUAGCAUGCAUGGAGGCAGAGGCUAUGGAGGCCUCAGAAGUUCCUUAGGAGGGUAUUGUGGCAUCGGUGGUGGAAGCAUUGGUGGUAAAAACGAAGGCAUGCUGAAUGUCUGCGAGAAAGAAACCAUGCAACAACUGAAUGACCGACUGGCAAACUAUCUAGGCAGAGUCCGCUCUUUGGAAGAGGAAAACGGCCAGCUUGAGAGGAAGAUUAGAGAAUGGUAUGACAGACAGGUUCCAUACUCCUUUCCUGAUUUCAACAACUAUUUCAGGACCAUUGAAGAACUUCAGAAUAAGAUUCUAAAUGCAAGUUCUGGAAAUGGCAACCUAAUCCUGCAGAUUGAUAAUGCCAGACUGACCUCUGAUGAUUUCAGAAACAAAUUUGAAAGUGAAGCUGCUUUCCGCAUGGGGGUUGAGGGAGAUAUGAAUGGCCUUCGCCGAGUCCUGGAGGAACUCAACCUGGGCAACAAUGACCAAGAAAUACAGCGACAAAAUCUGAACGAGGAACUGACCUUCCUGAAGAAGAAUCAUGCUGAGGAAGUCGCCAGUCUGCGCUCUCAGCUGGGACAAAGAGUAAAUGUGGAAGUGGAUGCUGCUCCUUCUGUGGAUCUAAACGGAGUUUUGGGAGAAAUAAGAGAGCAAUAUGAAGGCAUAGUGGAGAGUAACAGGAGGGAGGCUGAGAACUGGUUCUUAAGCAAGAGUGAAGAGUUGAACCAGCAAAUAACCAGUGGUGCCAAUCAACUACAGACAGUUCAGACUGAAAGCAUCCAAUUGAGAAAUACUAUCCAAGGCCUGGAGAUUGACCUGCAGUCUCAAAAUAGCAUGAGAGGAGCCCUGGAAGGCACCAUGGCAGAUAUAGAAUCCCGUUAUGGUGGUCAACUUUCGCAACUGCAAUGCCUGAUUAAUAAUGUGGAGUCACAACUGGGAAAUCUUAGAUCAGAUCGGGAAAGACAAAACUUUGAGUAUAACGCGCUCAUGGAUGUUAAGACACACCUAGAAAUGGAGAUUGCAACAUACAGGCGCCUGCUUGAAGGAGAAGACAGACAACGGGGCUCAAACAGAGACAUGGGCUCAAACAAAGACAUGGGACAUAGCAGGUCAAGGACAACAGUGACCAUGAUGGAAGAAGGGUUUCGUAAAGCUUAAUCGGAAUAGUGUAAUGCAGGGCUGUAGCUCCAAUGAGUGAGUGCUAAGGCCAUGCACUUAACCCCAGUUUUGGCUUUGUAGCAUUUCUAAACUUGCUCAACAAUUUCGCUCGUCUUUAAUCACAUUGUACCAUAUAUCUUUCAUAUCUUGUGAUUGUUCUGGUUUUCUGUAUAUCAACUUCUGAAAUCUGUACCUGUCAAGCCUCUUAAUAAACC